GCACGCACACACACACACAUAAACCUCUCUGGAUUUCUUUGCCUAGAGUCUCCCGGGGCUGUGAGGAGCCAGGCGCAUCUCAAACCAAGCUGGCAGCUCCAGGCUCCGGAGCCAUGCCCUGCACGGACCCUCAUCUUUACCAAGCUCCUGAGGAAUGAAAGGAACCCAGGGAUCCUCAGAAGGCAGCAGUGAUGUGGACCAACCCCCUGGAACCUGCACCCUUCCAAGGGCCAUAGGCGACCCAGGGAACCGGAGAGAGCUCCAGACAGGAAAUCCCAGCUUUCCCAAAGUCUCUGUGGAUGCUGACAAAAGGAGACCUGAAUUUUUGGAAGAGCCUGCCCUAGGUUACCCAGCUGCAGAGUGAUUUUCCCCUCUGGCAUUGAACCUACCGCUCCAACCCCCAGCCAUCCAGAGUACCAUGAAGAAUUAUGAGGAUGUGUGACAGAGGUAUCCAGAUGUUGAUCACCACUGUGGGAGCCUUCGCAGCUUUUAGUUUAAUGACCAUUGCAGUGGGCACGGACUACUGGUUAUAUUCCAGAGGUGUGUGCAGGACUAAAUCUACAAGUGAUAAUGAAACCAGCAGGAAGAAUGAAGAAGUAAUGACCCAUUCGGGGCUGUGGAGGACCUGCUGCCUGGAAGGGGCUUUCCGAGGAGUGUGCAAGAAAAUCGAUCACUUCCCUGAAGACGCCGACUAUGAACAAGACACAGCGGAGUAUCUCCUGCGGGCUGUGAGGGCCUCCAGUGUCUUCCCCAUCCUCAGCGUCACACUGCUGUUCUUUGGCGGGCUCUGCGUGGCAGCCAGCGAGUUCCACCGAAGCAGACACAAUGUCAUCCUCAGCGCGGGCAUCUUUUUCGUCUCUGCAGGGUUAAGCAACAUCAUCGGCAUCAUAGUUUAUAUAUCAGCCAAUGCUGGAGACCCCGGGCAGCGUGACUCCAAAAAGAGCUACUCCUAUGGCUGGUCCUUUUAUUUCGGGGCCUUUUCUUUCAUCAUCGCAGAAAUUGUGGGAGUCGUGGCUGUGCACAUCUAUAUCGAAAAACAUCAGCAGUUACGUGCCAAAUCCCACUCGGAGCUCCUGAAGAAAUCUACCUUUGCCCGCCUUCCACCCUACAGGUAUAGAUUCCGGAGGCGGUCAAGUUCCCGCUCCACGGAACCCAGAUCCCGAGACCUGUCCCCCAUCAGCAAAGGCUUCCACACCAUCCCUUCCACUGACAUCUCCAUGUUCACGCUCUCCCGGGACCCCUCAAAGAUCACCAUGGGGACCCUCCUCAAUUCCGACCGGGACCACGCUUUUCUACAGUUCCACAACUCCACGCCCAAAGAGUUCAAAGAGUCGCUGCAUAACAAUCCGGCCAACAGGCGCACCACGCCCGUCUGAACUUGACCUCUGCCCUCUGGCCUCCAGCCCCAGCACAGCCUGGGGGCAACGUACAGAGGCAGCUUUGAGGUUGCAUGGCAUGGUCCUCGUGAUGGUAUUACUUUUUGCAAAGAAUGAAACCAAAUGGACUCAGCCCUCUCCCACACUCGGCCCCUGACCCUCCAGGUUCUAACCCACCUCCCCAACCUUCCCAGCGCCCCCCCCAUCUUCCCCAACUUUUCAAGCCCAUCCCAUGAUGUCAUUUCUCUCUCUGUGUAUCUGUGCCAGAUGUUUUCCUCUCUUCCUUCUUUACUGGAAGGACCUGCACAUUCUUCCCUCCUUGGAAGAGGACUUUACUCAAAGUCACUGGUGGUGGCUGGGGGAGUUGGGGGUGGAUCCCCAAGUCCCCAGGCGCGUGCAACUGUCCCCACUGCCCACUCACACAAAUCCUUGGGACACCAACUGCUCAGGUGGCCCCGAGGGAGGCAUUCACCUUUACGUGUUAGAAAAACAUGACCAGAAAUCAAGAUGUCAGAGCCCCCAAAGCAGCUAAUGUAAUAAGCACCCAUGUUAUUAAAGGUUUUGCCUUGUUGU